GACUACAGUCUUGGUGAAUCUCUGCCGUUUGGUCUUUGUGUUUCCACAGCAACAGAAGAACCUGGAUGGUUACGUGGGCUUCGCCAACCUGCCCAACCAGGUGUACAGGAAGUCUGUCAAACGGGGCUUUGAGUUCACCCUGAUGGUGGUGGGAGAAUCCGGUUUGGGGAAGUCCACCCUCAUCAACUCCCUGUUCCUCACGGACCUGUAUUCCCCGGAAUACCCGGGGCCAUCCCACCGGAUCAAGAAGACCGUGCAGGUGGAACAGUCCAAGGUGCUGGUAAAGGAGGGGGGGGUCCAUCUGCUUCUCACCAUCGUCGACACCCCAGGGUUUGGUGAUGCCGUGGACAACAGCAACUGCUGGCAGCCCGUGAUCGAUCACAUCGACAGUAAGUUCGAGGAUUACCUCAACGCAGAGUCCCGCGUCAACAGGAGGCUGAUGCCCGACAGCAGAGUGCACUGCUGCCUGUACUUCAUCGCCCCCUCUGGCCACGGGCUGAAGCCGCUGGACAUUGAGUUCAUGAAGCGGCUCCACGAGAAGGUCAACGUCAUCCCGCUCAUCGCCAAGGCCGACACACUAACGCCCGAGGAGUGCCAGCAGUUCAAGAAGCAGAUAAUGAGGGAGAUUCAGGAGCACAAGAUUAAGAUCUAUGAGUUUCCUCAGACGGACGAUGAGGAGGAGAACAGGCUAGUGAGGAGGAUCAAGGACCGCUUGCCUCUGGCUGUUGUUGGUAGCAACACCAUCAUGGAGGUUGAGGGGAAGCUGGUUCGAGGGAGGCAGUACCCCUGGGGCGUGGCAGAAGUGGAGAACCCUGAUCACUGUGACUUCACCAUCCUGAGGGACAUGCUCAUCAGGACCCACAUGCAGGAUCUGAAGGACGUGACCAACAACUUCCACUACGAGAACUACCGCAGCCGGAAGCUCGCUGCGGUGACCUGCAACGGCGUCGACAACAACAAGAGCAAGGGUCAGCUGACCAAAUUUGACACAAGUGAAGGCAUGAGUCCCCUGGCGCAGAUGGAGGAGGAGAGAAGGGAUCACGUGACGAAGAUGAAGAAGAUGGAGAUGGAGAUGGAGCAGGUGUUUGAGAUGAAGGUCAAAGAGAAGAUCCAGAAGCUGAAAGACUCAGAGGCUGAGCUGCAGCGGCGUCAUGAGCAGAUGAAGAAGGGCCUGGAGGCGCAGCACAAGGAGCUGGAGGAGAAGAGGAGGCAGUUUGAGGAGGAGAAGAGCGGCUGGGAGGCGCAGCAGCGGCUGCUGGAGCAGCAGAAACUCGACGCCUCCAGGACUCUGGAAAAGAACAAGAAAAAGAAGAUCUUUUCAUAAAGGCGCUCAGGACCACCACGCCAUCAUGUGCCAUUUUCCCAGCCGGGGUUUUCAUUGCUCUGUUUUUGACCAAUAGCGUAUGUCCUGUUUGACUUAACACUGCUUGCAUGUGGGAGGGGCCAGAGCAGGACUGAGGAUGCGAUUGGUGGGGAGGCGUGAGUAUCUGCUAAAAGGGGGCGGUGCCCAGCUAUACUCCGCCCAGUCAUCCUGUUUCUAAGCAACUGUCUCACCGUACAGUCCAGCGAUUUAUACUGAGAACCUUUUCUGUGCUGAGCGAGCACCUUCUAUUCACUGCUCUCUGCCUUUCUCUCUGACACACACACACACACACACACACACUCACACACACAUCUUACAGGCUCAAACGCUCCUCAGACUUUUUAUAAUUAAUAACAGUUUUUUAUUGCUCCACCCUUAAAAAAAACAUAAUAAAAUAAAAAUGUACACUUUCUCCCCAUGUAUUGUAAUUUAAAUUAUCUAGCCAUGGAGUGGCAUGUAUAACUCUUUAUUCAUGUAACGUUUCCUUUAGGUUAUUAUAAUUAUUAUUUGUAUUUUUGUUAUUUUGUUGUCUUUCAUAUAUUGGCCCUGCUAUUGGGUUUUGUAUGCUAGAAACUCUGCGGGGGAAGGGGGGGUGUGUCUGUGUGCUGAGCCGUGCCAUUGGGCAGAGGGAGCGGGUGGGCGGGGCCUGCGGCUGUCAGGCCCCUCCCUCUUUCAGGCUGCACUGUGGAGCCGCCGCGUUUAGCUUCGUUUAUAAACCGCUCUUUUCUAUUUACGUUUUUUUCCCUUCGUUUUUUUUUGUUUGUUUGAUUGUAUUGUACAAAUUCACAUAAUAAACUUGUGAUGAAA